AGAAAUCAGGACAAAAGAGAAGAAACGUCAACAAACGGUGGAGUGUCAUCCCGGGUCCCUCCAUCCGGGUUUCGGCGUGUCAAUCUUCAAUUCUGCCCCUCCUCUGCCCUCAUAACCGAGUUCUACUUUCCUUGUUGACACGCUUUUCCCGCCACGCGGCACCAGGUAAACAAACAAACAAACAACAACAACAAACAACCGAAGGUGCGUGUUGACACAGUCGCCAUUUUGGCUCGAUAGGGGCAGAGUUUGGGAACUUUCCGCGCGUCCCGAGCUGGUAAAACAGGAGACACGAGGGAUCGUGACCCUACAGGACUGCAGAGCAGCUCUUGUCGAACGGUUGGUAGAUUCCGGCGGGCCUGACAGCGACAUGGAGCCGAGUGGGACCGCGCUGCUCGGCUCGGUGUGCCCGUCCUGCAUGCUGACCCUCCCGAACCAUACCCAACUACAGCACCACUGGAUACAGUUCCACUGCAAGCUGCCCGACGACGAUGCCGAUUCAGACGAAGGACUGCCCACGCCUCAAGACAUAGAGUCUCAGAGUCACACCUUCAAACUCAAGACAUUCAACAAGCGCCCCAAGAGCUGCAGCCUGUGUAAACAAGUCAUCUGGAACGAGGGCCUUUCCUGUAGAGUCUGCAAAUAUGCCUGCCAUCGAAAGUGCGAGCCCAGGGUUAUGACGGCAUGCGUUCCUCCGGUGAAUUACGAGUUGCCAAGCAAUGAAGGCCUCGCAAGACAGAAUUCUUCAAAAGCACAACCUCCAACAACUUCAAAAACCAUGAUGUCCUCACAUGUCCGCCACAAGGGGCCAACCAAGGGUCGCGGCCAGUAUGGGGAUGACUCCUUCGACCUUGACCUUACUUACAUCACAGAGAGGAUCAUCGGGAGGCAAAGGAAGAACAGGAGUGGUGAUAGCAGCCUACAUGCACUAUAGUAACAUCUGUGCCAGUGCUGAGCAGGCGCUUGACAGGUUUGCCAUGAAGAGGUUUUACGAUGAGAAAGUUGCAGGGGUGACACAACCAUCCCAGAGGCGAUAUGUACAUUACUUCGCUGGUCUGCUGUCAGGAAACAUCAAGAUGAACAACAACCCUCUGUUCCUGCACAACAUCGUCAUCCAUGGCAUCCCUAACUUCGAUUCCAAAGGAGAAGCUCCCUCUAAGUUGACAACCACAAAACUAUUCAGGAACUCUAGAAAAGCAUUGCGGCGGAUUUUAGAGAUUGGCUGCAGACCCUUUGUGAAGAUCUAUCAGGCCAUGCAGCCCAUCUACACAACUGGAGUUUAUAACGUGACAGCUGACAUGAGUAGGAUCUGUAUCGCAGUGGAGCCGGGGCUACAGCUGAGAGGGGACAUUCUGAUCAAGUGCUACCAUAAGAAGUACCGGUCGGCCACGCGUGAUGUCAUCUUCAGGGUACAGUUCCACACGUGUGCCAUCUCGGAUUACGGGCUCAUCUUUCCUAAGGCCGAGUUGGACGAAGCUUUCAAAGAUGAUCGUUUCCCGGAUAACGGAAAGAUAGAAUUCAUCUUCUCAGCUUCACCCGCCCCCAUGCAAGGGAACGGAAUCGUGAGGAACGAAAAGACGAUCGCUGUGGACACAAACACCAACGAUCCGCUGAUCCGGUGGGACUCGUACGAGAACUUCAACCAGACAAGGUCGGAUAGUUCCGAGUGUGAAGUUGAAGUGGAGCACGAGCGGGGUCCUGUGGACGGGAGUCUGUAUGCACAAGUGAGGAAAAAGGAGCGCAAGUCGUCGUCCGACCGCGAGAACGAGAAUAUUCCGAGCCCCACGACCAACGGCCCGACGAGCCUCCCCAACGGGCCUGCGACGUUCUCCGUGAGCAGCGACUCGGGGAAUUCUUCCACCACGGAGCGGAGUGACAGGGGUGAGUUGUCGCCAUACUCACCCGCUAUAGAUCCAAAUUCUUCCAACCUGGAUGAACUGCUGGAUAACGUUGAGCUGGCGGUCGAGAAAAGCGAACCUAGAAUGGUGAAUGGAGUUUUUCCGGAAACGGUCGAGACCCACAGUAGGAAUGUUGAGGUGGACGAGGCAGGGAAUGUUGUGUCACAGGAGUCCAAGUCUAGAGUAUGGGAGCUGAGACAGAAUAAGCCUGGGUCGAAAAUGGAACAGAGAGUGCAAACGUCACACCAGACAGUGACGAUCCAACAUCACACGGUGAACGGGAAAGAUGUGCCAAAGGUCGAGAAGUACGAAAAACUGGAAAUCGUGAACGGCGUGAACGGACCGGCAACGGACAGAAGCCCCGGCGGAAGUUACAAGCUGACGGAGUUGGACAGAGAGACGGAUAUUCUAGACGAUUCGCCGCCCGUGAAAUCGCAGCCGAGAGGACGGGAUCCUAUGAUGGAGUUACACAUCGGCGACCUGCAGGGCCCUCCCUCACCGGAAAACAUACAGAACGUGGAAGUGCAACAACAAGUGCGGAGGGCGUACACUGUAAACGUACAACAACAACGCAACAGCCCACAGAUGACCAACAGGUCAAAACCGGCCGCAUCCAAUCCGCAGCCGGACAAACCGGUGAUGAACGGCCCUAUCCGCGCUAACCCGGUCCCAAGCAACCCCUCCCCUCAGGCGAACAUUCGCUCCCCGCCCCCCGUCAGCGCUUCCCCCACCCCCGAGGAAAUGGCCGGUUUGACGUGGCUUCAGCAGCAGCAGCUGAAGCUGAAGAGAAAGCGGGAAAUGCAGAGGUUCGGGCAGACAUACGCUCCCGACUACAGCACCUCCUCCUCACCUUUACAGGCCCACCCUGGCUCCAGCCUCAUCACUACGACAAGCGUACAAACAUUUACAUACAACACAACGUCUACCUCUUCCCCGCUUGCUGCCAGCCCGCAGUCCUCUCCGCAGAUUCAGACCACCAGCCCUGCGCCGGGGCGAAGCGUCACCGCCCAAGCGACCGUCGUCUCCCAACAGCCUCCGCAAAAGCAGGUGGUGACGCAGGAGAAAACCUUCCAGGAGUACACCAAUGAACUUCUAAGUAAGAAGCCGCCGGCGCCUCAGAGGAUGCAUUCGCCAAAGAGGUCGGAAAGAAAACAGGUCACGCCGACGACGACUGUCACGGUAACGCCCGUGCUGGAGAGGCCUGCAUCUCCGCAGGUGCCCACCAGGAGUAGCAGCAGAGACGCGAUGAUGCGCCGAGGGUGGCAGAGUCACGGAAGGCCUCUCGGGCGACAAAUGUCGGAUACAACGCACGACAGAGAACGGCCGUUCGUCCAACCGAAAGGUUACGAGCCUCUUGUUACGACCACGCCGGUUCAACCGUACCAGUCGACGUCGUACACCUCAUCAUAUUCGUCGGUUUCUUCAACACCGUCUAGUUCGCCUCACAUUGGGCUUCGCGCCACGCCGCCGCCAACUCGGAAGGCCGCCCCCGAUCCCGAUUUCGGAAUUUACUCGAAGGCUGAAAUGGAGGCAGACCAAGGGGCUGAGAAGAAAGGUUUGGUGGGACAGAGAGUGAAGGAGUUCGAAGGAACGUUGCGUUUUGCGGGUAAUUGGCCUUACCGGUUGGAGAGUGAGAUGGCGGGGACGAUGCAUGGAACAGGAAGUCGAUACGUCAACGGAACAAGUGGGAACCCACAAGAAAACGGGUCCCACCUUGGGUGGAAUGACUACCAUUCAAAGCUGCGCCAGCUUCAAGAAGACCUCAAAGUGGAUGAGCAGAGGCCGGGACCCUCGCGGUACUUGCGGCGCACACGCAGCACGUCCGGGUACGAGUCGGACAGCGCCACCUACUCUCCGCCGUCCCUCCGGCGCCGGGAACCCGUGGAGAGGUGCCUCUCUCCGGAGCUGGUGCACACGCUCUCGAAGAAUCCAGGAGCAAGGCCUAAGGAGCUGUUCACAUUUGAGGAAGAGGAGGAAGCUAAUGAUGAAGUUUUUGUGGAGGAGGAAUUGUGGGAUUACAAUACCCCUAUUAGUAAAGUACUAAGUGAUAUCCACAGUUAUCUGGAGGAUUUGGAUGAAGCCAGUCAGUUGGACCGCGGGCAGGGUUUGCGUCGCCCGACAAGCCCCGACUCGGUCGACGGUUACGGGGAACCGACGACCCCAAACUUCCCCGUGACCCCACGGACUCCGUACGCCAACUUGGGUAAGAGCCCGACCGGCAAAUCACCAAUCUAUGGAAAGACGCCUCUCUCGGAGCUGGGACUGAAGGGGAUGGAACCAAUAUCACCUCCGUCACCACCACAAGAGGGACAGAAAGAUCUGCUAGCACGCAGUUUUGUGGAGCAGAGGGCAGAGAGUGCAGUCAGGAAGGGCUUCAAGCCAGGGGAGUUGACACCGAUGACGAAGUGGAGCUACACUGCCAAGGCCACUGGGCCCAAGUACACGCAAGCAGGUGGCGCUCCACCUGACCGCGAGCCAGAGAUGACCACCCCCAUGGAUCAGAACCUGACCGUGGAGGUGGACUCGCUCACGGCUGAUCUCACCAGCAGCUUUGUGGGAGGGGAGGAGCCCAGGGUUUUACCGCAGGCGCCGCCUAGUCCUGACAUCUGGGAGGUUGGGCCGACACAAGUGAACGGGAGAGGACCAUACGACCGUGGGCCAGGUUCGUAUGACCGUGGGCCGGGAUCGUACGACCGGGGGCCUGGAUCGUACGACCGGGGGCCUGGAUCUUAUGGCCGGGGGCUGGGAUGGUAUGGCCAGGAAGACGCGCCAAGGACGGAAACGAAUGUCUUGCAGAAGUCGAGCAUUCUGACGACAACGGUCUCGACAACGAAAACUCCUGGAAGGCAACCAAGUGAAGUGCGGGUGCAGGAAAUAGAAGUGUCUGCCCAGAACUCAGCUUCACCCAGGGGCAUCCCCAGGAGUGCUUCCGUCAGGCCAGAAAACCCCGUUCUUGGAGAAACAUGGGAGCAACAGCGAUCGGUGUCGCCGGUGUCAGUUGAAGCGUCACCCCCUAAUCGUCCUGUAUCGCCUCAGAAGACAGCUAUCUCUCCUGUGUCAAGGGGUGCACCUUUGCAUAUUGAGGAGGAGGAGGAGCCUGCUCUCACCCCCACUAUUCUCAGUCUGGGCUUUAAGCAACUGUCAGGAGAGGAGCAGAAGAGAAACGUUUCUCCUCAACCUAGGUCACCUCCCAGAGAAAGGCUCCCGGCGGAAAACAGUCACCCAAUCACGGCGCAGCGGCAGCAAGUGUGGUCGCCUCCAGACAUGUCGGUUACCGAGGUCGAUUUUCAACAGACGCGACGUUCCCCUGUGCACCAUGAGCUGCCGCGCCCAAGGAAGAAAACGUCUCCAGUGGUCAUAGAGAACAGCUACGUUUCCAAGCAGGAAACCCAACGACCUUUAUCUCCUACAAGGAACAGAAAUGCAUCUAGCCCAGACUACUUUAACUACUCACACAAACAGGAGGUCGUAGAACCCUGGGAUUUCAGCCACCCCUCCCCUCCCCCCCAACGGAGGGCAGUCUCGCCCCUCCUUACUACAGUCUCCUCAACAUCAAGGACAGUGACAGUAACUGGUACAACUCAGCCACAGUCCCAGACUAACAACCCGACUUUCCUAACUUCGGAUCCUCCACUGUCCCAAGAGCCAAAACCAUUCCCCAAAGAACACCAGACAAAAACUGUCACGUUCACAAGGGAGAGGACGGCUAACAGUGUGAACAGCCCCCCACCCCAGUCCCAGAAUACUCAUUACAAAACUCCCAACCUCCCCCUCUACCAAUCACCAUCCAGAGAGAGAGGUCUCUCACCUCCUAGGGGUUAUCCGAGGGCGUUGACCCCUCCUGAGUCCAGGAGAAAGGUGUCGCCACCUUUAGAGGACCGGACUCCCUCCCCACCUUUUGACGUUAUAGCCCUACCAAGCGACACAGAGGUGUUUGUUGAAGACAUAGGCCUCCAUUCUGUCCCCCCUGGCUAUGCUGCUUUCCCACCCUAUACCCCAUCCCGGACCCCCUCAACCUCUUCUACAAGAAGCUCGCCAAACUUUCUGUCUACUUCUAAAAGCGGUGAGAGCCACUACAUGUUUCUGGACGAGUUUAGCCAGCAGCUACAAUCCCAGCAGGCUCGCUACGCCACGCUCCAGCUCCCCCCCUCCCGACCCGCUCGCUCUGAACCCCCCCAGGAAGCCAGGUUCCCUGUCCACCUGUCUACCCCCUCUCCCAGCAGUGAGGGGAUGCGACCUGAGCGGGCUUCGCGACCCAAAUCCCAACCUGUUCAUUACAUCAGUCAGCAUACGCCCCCCUCCCGCCCUGCUAUUUCUGAAACUUCCAAAGAAGCCAGCUUUUCCACCCGCCUUCAAACUACCAGAGAAAGGCAGGUCACCACGCCGGGGGGAACUUACCACCCUCCCUCGCAACAUCGGCCGCCUUACCAACCAUCUCUGGACCACACCCCCCCUCAACUCACCCAACACCCCCCUCCCCCUCAGGAGAGAAGCUUUCUUCCACGCUACAGAACUAUCUCCACUGCCAGCACAAGCAGUGAGAGAAGCAUGCCGUCCCCAGCCAGCAGUCUGGGGACCCUCCCUGCAGGCAGCAUGGCGAACGGCUCGCAGGGCCCAGCCUCGGGACGCAGCAGUCCCGCCAGCGUGUACUUCCAGUCCCAGAGGUCCAGCAUGACAUCUUUGGCAGAUUCUGGGGUGGAGGUGUUCCGAUCAGGCACCCCCAUGUUCGUGAAGGACACCUCGUCCUACUGGUACAAACCCAACAUCUCGCGGGAUGAAGCUAUCGCCAUGUUGAAGGACAAGGCUCCGGGCACCUUUAUUGUGAGGGACAGCCAUUCCUUCCCAGGAGCCUUUGGGCUGGCCCUAAAGGUCGCGACACCACCCCCAGCAGUCCUACAGCAGGGGAGGAAAGGAGACAUGUCGAAUGAGUUGGUGAGGCACUUCCUGAUCGAGCCCACAUCUCGCGGAGUCAAGCUGAAGGGAUGUGCAAAUGAACCUGUCUUUGGGAGUCUGUCAGCUCUGGUGUACCAACACUCCAUCACUCCGCUGGCCCUGCCCUGCAAACUGCUCCUCCCUGAAACAGACCCGGCAGAUCCCACCCCUCCUGCCGAGAGUGCCAAACCCGCGGAAACGCCGACUCCCCAGCGCAGGACAGAGAACGAGAUAGAAAGUAUUGAGUUAAUAGAGAUGGAAGUACAGGCGGCAGAUCCAGGGUUGCUAGCGGCAACCAGCCCGAGCGCUGUGAGCAGUCCCAAACCUGAUCUAGGAGGAUCAUCAGCACAAACGCUACUUCAGCAGGGUGCAGCCUGUAAUGUUUUAUACAUCAACUCCAUCGAUAUGGAGUCUCUGACCGGCCCGAACGCGGUCAGGAAAGCAAUGGCAGUGACCACAUCGCUGGACCCCCCUCCCACCGCCACCAUCGUACACUUCAAGGUGUCCUCGCAAGGCAUCACGCUCACCGACAGCGAGAGGAAGAUCUUCUUCAGACGACACUACCCUGUGAACUCGGUGACCUACUGUGGGAUGGACCCAGAAGACAGGAGAUGGAAACACACAGGACAGAGCUCCACCCUGAGCGCAAAAUGUUUUGGUUUCGUGGCGAGGAAAGUGGGGAGCAGCGUGGACAAUGCCUGCCACUUGUUUGCAGAGUUGGACCCCGACCAGCCAGCCUCCGCCAUCGUCAAUUUUGUCAGUAAAGUCAUGAUCGGCAGCCACAGAAGAGAAUCGGGAGGAAGUCAGCAAAGUAUACAGUCGAUAUAGACCCUGCCCCACCCCCGCGUGGGAAUAGGUAGUGCCAAGUCAAUGUGUUGGGUGAUGCCAAGUGGUGGACUUGGGGAGGGGCAGGAUGGAGAUGGAAUAGAGUUAGUCAGUGAGGAGGUAUACAUAUGAUGGAGAGCCUGAGGUUUGUCAGGAAAAAAAGUGCAGCUUUUCCCCACGAGAGACCUGCAUGCAAGAAAAGCAAUUGUAGCUGUCAUGAUCAGUUGGGACAUGUACAUGUAAAAAUAGACGAAAAAAAAAAAAGAGUCUAGAUGCAAGAAACAAUGUAAAUGUAUAUAUAUAUAUAUAUAUACCAACCUUUCCACAAAGAUUGGUACCGACAAUGUACCCACUUUUCAACGUGCCUAUACCGGAGCGCGCUCUGCGAACGGGGGACUCAGACGAGUAUAAAAUACGGAGGAUGUGCGACAAUGGAGGGAGCAUGAGAGACGGAGAUGUUGCCUGUAUUUAUCCUACUGUACGGGUAUGGGUGAUGUGCAAGAAUCGGAAACUUGACGGAUUUCUGCAAGAGUUACGAGAGGACAGUCUCCCUUGUGUCCUGGAGGGAAGGAAAGGGACGACGGAGGUGGAUACGGAAUGAACUGUACGUAAAGAAGAGAGGCGUUGACAAAAAAAAAUUCAUCAGGGAAAUUGGAGUGAAGCCAGCAGAGAAUUCGUGCUUGGAUUACUUAACUGAUGUUGUUUAGAUGCUGUUUCUUGCCUUUUUUGGACGCAGCCCUUCUGUGCUGUAGAAAGCACGCUAUUUUUCGACGGAGGAGAGCCGAAACAUGACGUUUUGGCUGUUGCAAUAACAAUCAUUGCUGGUUUGUCUCUUUCUCUGGGGGGAGGGAAAGUCCGUUCACUACAUCUUUGUAGCAGUCUUUCUCUCAUGCUCUAUUGUACUUGAUAACUGUAUUUAUUGUAAAAGAGUUGUAUCUGCAAUAAGGAAGUUAUGAUAUGCUAGUACCAUAGUAUUUACAUACGAUCAUAUGGUUUUUUGACCUUCUACGAUGCGCUAUCAAAUGUAGUGCAAAAUGAUGAAAUUAUUACGUUUAACCUAAAAAAAUCAUUAUCCCGAUAUUAUUCACAGUGAAAAAAAAUUAUGCCUGUUGUGUUCAGUAUCUCUAGAAGUGUAGAAUACAAGGAAACAGGAUAUAAGAUAUUUAUCCUCAGAUAACCAGUCGGAAAUUUCAUUGUGACGAAAGUGCACAAAACAAUCAAAAAGCGAAAGUUCUAAAAAGAUGACGUCACGACGGUGAUGCUGAACUUUCUUGUAAUUACGUAUAUAGAUCACACUUAAUAUUUAUAUAGACACAACUUCCAAUUUAUUUUAUUAUUAUACCAUAGGUUAUAUUUUGUAAGACGUCUUGAUUUUACUGUUCUUGCUGUUGUAGCUUAAGAGUAGUGAGCGCUGUUUGAUUGCAAGGCGUUUCUCAGUGUGCUAAUCAUGUGACAUAAACCACAGUUAUGCCUGUGUAUUGUAUAAAGGAUUGCAGCAGUCUCAACUGCCAGCUUUACAUGAUUUCAUGCUUAAUAAACUACAACAUACAAGUA